AUGGCUAAAACCAAACAGUUGCGGGAGUUCCUUGAAGCUUGGCACUUUACCACGGCCAGCAUCAAUCGCCAUAUUGAUCUGGGCGCUCAUUACGAAGAGGUGAGUACGCUGUUCACUGACUUGCGCCCUAGUUAAGGCCGCUAAUCUAUGUAGAAUUUCCCUGUCUCGCGGACCCCUUCCCCAGACACGGCGAAUCACGCCUCCGACACCGGCGUACUGACUCCCGCCGCCAUCACGCAUCGAUGACCACUAAUCCAGCCGUAUACGGUCCCAGUGAAUCUCUACUCUCUUUUACCUCCGGAAUAGGGAGUCGUGCCAGUUCUCCCAUCCCCGUCCCAAAAGGGGUGGGCAAUUAUGUGCCCACCCUUUGCACACACCAGUUGUGUCUCUCACUGUCUGCCCCGUCGUGUCAACUAAUUUAGUCUGACAACCUCACUUCCUCAUGUUUAUUUCACCUGACGAGGGGUUGAUGCCAGCGACUUGUAAAGUCCCGAGUACAACUUUAUUUUACGAACAGCCUUCUCCUUCAUCAUAUCAUCUCGGAAUGCACACUACGUCAGAUAUUAAAUAUACGUAUGUAUUGGAAAGUAGAUAUUCCAAAGAAAUACAAGUUGGUGUCAGAUAUGUUUUACGGGAAAAGAGACUUUCGUAGAUUUUUGACGUCGGCUCCACAGGUCGCCGUCAGACGAGGAGCAAAACAAAUGUGCCAAAACAGUUAAGAUUGUAUGUGCACUUAAAUACCGAUGAUAAUUCGACCGUAGUCCCGUGAAUUAUUUAUAGUGAAAGUAAAUCUGCGCAGCAUCUACCGCAUUCUCUCCUCCUCCUCCUCCUCCUCCUCCUCCUCCUCCUCAUCAUCAUCAUCAUCCUUUUCCGCCUGAGUUCGGUGUCAAGACAUAGUCAAGAAGACCGGAGGUAAGGGAGGGUGCAGGUUUCUGGCACGGCCGGACCCAUACCCAGGCGUACCACUGCACCCCCUGGUUUACAACGAACACUUGACCAGCAUCUUAGCCAACAACUGCACCACAGCGGGUCAGAAAGACGACAUGGUCACAUAGGAUAACAACGAGAGCGCAAACACAUCUAACGGCAUGCAAUCAGGUUCCAUAAAAAUGCCAGUGUACACCAGACUGCGAGGGCCAUGUUUUACUGAUCAUGACAUAACAGACGCUCACAAUCCUUGAUUCCCAGAAGGGUGACACCUGGUACUGCGUUUAGCCGGACCAUCACUCUUCCAAGACUGUGCAGGCAAUCAGUCUUCGACUGGGUGGGACUACUCAUAUACACACAUGCUCCUCACAUGCAUGAGAGUGCUACAGGUCACGCUGAGAAGGAACCGUGGCGACCUGACUCUCAGACCACCAGUCCGCCAACCCACACAAAUACUCACACAGCUGGGCAGACCGCGUGGACUGAGUCAAGGUAUCACUAGGCGGCCUUCGAAGCCACGGCGUUUGACGUAUCGUGAUUGUCUCAGACUCGGGUCUCACAUGCAGCAGAGGAGCCGCAUGGAGAAGGAGCCGAUAAGAACACUUCCCAUCUAAGUAAGAGGCAUCGAUUGACUGCUUUCACUGUGUGGUGAUGGGCGAUGUUGUCUGCUGAAGGUGUAGCAGGCAGCCAUCAUGACCGGUCUGGCGUCAUUGCUCAAGACCACGCUGCUCCAAGGUCAUCCACCCCUUCGCAGUGAGCAGUCCCAGACGCGCUCACCUGAAGCCACACGACCAACAGCUCGGGCAUAACUGCGUCCGCACAGCCGCAGCUGCCCAUGAGGCCACUUGAACGCACCUUUCCCCUGCAAACGUAAUCUAAGCCACUGGGACACCACCCCUCGGCAAAUGCAACACACACUGCCUGGACACCCAUUGAGCUUGGCCCACGAGCCUACAAAAGCGGUUGCCACCACUGUCUCAGAGACUCUCAGGCAUGGCUGAACGCAGUCAACAUCAGCCGUGGCUUCGCCAGUGGCCACUGUCGCCUGAGAGGACAACUCCGGAUUCUGAGCACAAUGGACUCCUCAUUCUGGUGUCUUCCAUCUUCUCCUCCCAACAUGGGGUUUGACUUGAUAAUUGUAGCUCACGGACUACACACAUUCUCACUGCUGUGCCUCUACAAAGGUGUUGGUUGGGAAAGGUGUGAUGAUGUGGUAUAGCUGACGGUUGUCUCUCGCAGAUUCUCAUGGAUGCGCAUGUGGCCUAUCCGGCCAAUGAGGCAGACAAGAGGGCGAUAGCAGUGAGGGCAGUUAAGGCGAAUGAGUAUGAUGUAUGUUGGUGCUCAGGUCACUGGUUCAUCCGUCCCUGGACGCUGGAUUCACAGGUGACUGACCAGGUCGACGUCGGAGCCUUCAUUUGCCGGCUAUCGAGAAUGUGCCCAUCAGCCCUGUAGUCGAUGCCUGUUCCGGGCUGCUCAUCACGAUAGAUGUCCAUCAGCGCUGGGCCGAGCAGUUCAGAAACGUCCUCAACCGCUCCUCUACAAUCUCCGACGUCGUCAUCUACUGGCUCCUCCAAGUGGAAAUUUACCUCCACCUAGAUUUCCCACCCACCCUCCCUCCCUCCCAGAAACUCUCCGUGCUGUGCAACAACUCUCCAGCGGCAAAGCACCAUGCUCCGACGCAAUCCCAACUGAAAUCUACAAGCACGGAGGCCUUCACCUGAUGGACCAACUAAUGACGCUGUUUCAGGAGAUGUGGCGCUUCGAGCAAGUCCUUCAGGAUCUCAAGGAGGCAACCGUCGCCCAUCUCUACAAUCAGAAAGGGAACCGCCAAUUCUGCGGCAACCACGGAUGAAACUCGCUGCUCAACACCGCCGAAAAAAUUUUUGCCUUUAUCCUCCUCAAUCAUCUCAACAGACACCUAGAACAAGGAGUCCUGCCGAAAGGUCAAUGCGGUUUCCGACGACACCGGGCACCACUCACAAUGUGUUUAUGACACCUUUUCUAGCCCCUUCCCCUCGCGUGGGUGAGCAGUGCUCUCCGUAAAUAGGGUUGCCUGGUUAUCCCAGACGGCUGCUGUUUUCCACUAUGGGUCACGGGUUUUAGUGGAAGGACGAGCAAAUUUAGCUUUGGCCGCCUAUCAGCUUGCUGUCGCUUACGCCGUAAGACUUGAAGAGGGGAAGGGGGGAUGGGGAAAGUGUAGAGAGACGAAAUGCAGCUUUCCCGUGCGAAGUGGUUGCCGAAGUAUGUGAGCGCCGAGCAGGUAAGUCCAACAGAACGGUAUUUAGCACACAAUAAGGACAAUCACAAACAAGUAGACAAAAAGCGAGCAGGCAAGAACUAGGUCAGUAACCUACACUUCCAAGGACAUGAACCAACCAAUCACUGGAGGUCACGUAAGAAUGACGAUGGCGCCUCGUCAUAGGCUUUUCCCCUCUAAUGUGAUUGGUCCGUGCAUGCGUGAAAACUGUCAGCUCGUCUGGAAUUUUCUUCUCGAAGCUUAUUACACCGAAUAUCGGCCAGACCCUAUAGGAUGUAAUAAAUAAACGUCAUUUUUCCAGAAAGGACGACUUGCAGUUUCCAGAUACACUUUUUGUGGCCGGUCGUGUUCUUCUUCUCUGCCGCGUUGGUAUUGGGGACACGAGUCGAAUACGCAUACACUUCGCGUGAUUCUGACUGGAGGCGAGUUACCGUGUGCGGAGAUGCUCACAUGGAUAUCCACACUUGGUUUAGUCCGCCAGCCGAGGCGAUUACCGGGAUGUGACCGCUACGAAGAGCCUAACUUCAGAGAGUCAUAGGAGAGAGCUGAGGGCCAGUUAAUGUACGUUAGACGUAGUCUACACCUGCAAGCAAGCGAGUGGCCUACUACGAACAUCACGUGGGUCCACCAUUGGACACCCUACACACCACUACCCAUGUAUAUGUAUUCACUGAUGAAUGGGCGCGCACCGACCCAUUGGCUUCCCGAAGCAACCAAGCUUCGUAGGAGUGAUAGAGGUCACGAACAGGCAACCACCUGUCAGGCCGAAGUCGACCAAGCUAUGAUAAUAGAUGGGAGACGACAGAGUCUGCGGGAUAGGUGCACUGCAUACGCACGCACCCACGUCCGACAAACGGAAGAGAGACACCAACAAUUUGACACUCCCUACCCUAGAUAAAGAGUGUAUCCGAGGCCACAGAAGACAUUGCGUCAGAGUUAGGCGUGGGCAUCGCUCAUCAUCCGGCAGCUACCAUGCGUAGCAGAAUCAUGAAAAUGAAGGAUCGGCUGGACGCAGGUGAGCAGUCGGGCGUAGUCUAUCAACUCCCGUGCUAUAGCUGUCCUUGCCACUACACAGGCCAGACAGAACGGCGUCCCAGCUCGCGAUCACUUGAGAACAAACAGGCCGUUCGGAGAGACGACCCACUAUCUCAAGUCGCCACCCACACGCUGGAGGAAGGCCAUGAGUUCGACUUCGCCAACACGCGGAUAUUGGCGCGAGCCGGCAACAAGACGGGGCGAGAACUGCUGGAGACGUGGGUGUCGGACACCAACUCUAUCAAUAGACACAUCGAUUAGCCAGCACGUUAUCACGCACUCCGCCCACGCAGCCAGGUGGCGCAGCUCACACCGCCGGGGCGUACAAGCGCCGUCACCAGGCCGGGGACCAUUGUGGCCCAGGCAGCACAAACCAGACCUAGCCAAGGACGUAGUCCUCCCACUCACGGCACAACUAUAUAAAUUUUCAGACGUUACUGCAUUCUAGCAGUCUCUGAUGAUGAGCUCCAGUUGGAGUUCGAAAGCUAAGGCCAACAGAUCUACCGUCCCAGUGGUCGUGCCUUCGUCUUCUUUUAAACGGUAACCUGGGAUGCGCAUAUUCUCUUCCAUUCGUGAUACAACACUGUUUCGAGCUUCUUUGCCUUCAUUCAGCCACUCUGAACCCUGACCACCAGCUGGAACCAGAUACACAAACAUGCGCACAAACACACCUGACGCAGCUGGUUCACCACUGGAGUCCAACAGAUGGGUCAUAAGCACUUCCUCGAACCGAAGAUCAUCAGUGUCUCGCCACCUGCCAUUCUCUGUCGCUGCAGAUCGGGUAUUUACUCACUCAGGAGUGGGGGCACACAGAUCCAUUGGCUUCCCGGAGUAAACAAGUUUCGUGUGGGUGAUAGGAAUCACGAACACGCAACCACGUACCAGGAGGAAUAACCGCCUGCAUAAAGCCUGCGUCACCCGCCCCACCGACAACAACAAUGCAGCCUUCUACCGCAGUCGCCGCCUUGUGCAACAGCGGCUGCGGGAGAUGCAGGACUCUUGGAUGGCUUUUAAGGCGGAGGAGAUCCUAGGGUACGCGGAACACAACGAAUGGAAGGUUUUCUUCUCCGCGACCAAGGAGGUCUACGGACUAACAGCCAAAGAAAAACGCUCCUCCUCUCACCGCCGACGGAACCACCCUAUUCAUUGGGAGGAUGCAAUUUCUACAACGAUGACCCGAACAGUUCAGAGGCGUCCUCAACCGCCUUUCCAUCACCUCAGUCUCCGCCAUCGUUCGUCUGCCUCAAGUGGAGACCAACGCCGACCUCGACCCCCCUCCUUCUGUACACGAAACCAUCAGAAUCGUGUGCCAAAUCUCCAGCGGGAAAGCGUCCGGAUCGAACGCGAUCCCCGCUGA